CAUGAUCAUCCGAGAUUACAACGAUUUUUUAUUUUUCUAUUUCCUUUAUUACUUAGCUUAUUCCUCGACCGCGGGCGGUCAUUAUUUUACAGCAGAAGAAAAAUGAUACCAAUUUUUAUUUUUUGUGCCGCGGCAUUUCUCGGCGGUGCAAACGCAAAUGUGUGCACGUCGUACUAUCAUGGCCAGUGCUACGAUAUGUUUAGUGGUUUGAACGGAGCUUGCUCUCCAGGUCAUGUGUACACUCUCAACUACUGCGGUGUAUUCCAAUUAUGUUGCUACUAUCAAAGUUCACAUCACGUGACCUCUUCUCCACUGACGUCAGCACCACAUCAUACGCCUGCUCCUACGUCACAUUUUGGCGGGUCUCCUGGAAGUGGACAAUGCGGUUCAACCGCUGUUGGCUCAACCGCCCAUAAAAUUGUCGGAGGUAGCAUAGCACAACAUGGGGAAUUCCCUUGGCAGGUGUCGCUUAGAUAUUUUGGCCAGCACGUGUGUGGUGGAACUUUGGUUGGAGACCAGUGGGUGAUGACGGCCGCUCAUUGCUUUGAAGAACUUCAACACCAUGCCAGCCAAUGGACUGUGGCUGUAGGUGUACAAGAUCAGAGAUCUAUUUACACGAGCAAUAUCGUGCACGUGUCUGCAAUCUACCCACAUGAGCGCUUCAAUCAACAAUCUAACUACAACGAUAUAGCGCUAAUGAAGCUCAGCAAAAGAAUAGACCUUUCCGGACGAUAUGCUAGAGCAGCCUGUCUCCCCCAAUCUAGUGACACGUUCUCCGCUGAUAUAUGCACGGUCUCCGGUUGGGGAGCCACCCGUUACGAUCCUGAUGGACGUGCACCAAUCACCAACCAAUUAGAAUACGUUAAUCUAAGAACCAUUUCAAACAACGACUGCAAGUAUUAUCUCGGAUAUAACAAUGUCCACACUUCAAAUAUUUGCGCUGGAGUGACAUCUACCGGCGGGAAAGAUGCUUGUCAAGGAGAUUCCGGUGGCCCGCUUGUCUGUAAGCGUCAUGGUGUCUGGGAGCUUGCUGGUGUGGUCUCGUGGGGUGAUGGUUGCGGCAAGGCUCGUCGUCCCGGCGUUUACACGCGAGUGACGUCAUAUCUAAGCUGGAUCAACAACAAAAUGAGCAUGUACGGUUGAGUGUUUCUGAAAUAUUUGCCGUGUGUUUGAAUGAAAUGUUAUUCUACUAAAUAAUUGUACGAAACUAUA